AUGGGGUCUCUGAUAAGGGCAAUAUAUCCAACCAUCCACAACACUACUCAAAAUCUUACCUAUGAAGGACUUGAGAGAAACGGCAUCGAAGUAUUUCUCGACAUCCCAUACGGUCAAGAUACCAGCGGCGCCCUCGUUCCUUCUUCGGGCACCGCAAUCAAUGCGCAAACAUAUGGGGCAGCAUGUCCGCACGAACUGAAAAUCACGCCUGAUGACUUGAUAUUACAGAUUUUCGAGACCGGGGCACCGGUCAUCCAAGUGGCCAUGAACUACAGCCUUGGAGUCUUCGGUUUUGCCCAAUCCGAGGCACUAAAAUUAGAAGUUGCACAAAACGCCGGACUCCGCGAUCAGCGUCUCGUCAUUGAAUGGGUGCGCGACAACAUUGCGCACUUUGGUGGCAACCCUGAUCGGAUAACCAUAUUUGGGCAGCAGAUCAUGGCCUAUGGCCUAUCUCUCGAGCCUGGCAUAACGGGCAAUUUUACCUUGAAAACCAUGGAGGCGGUUAUCAAAGCUAGGGGCUGUGAAGGCUCAGGGCUAGACUCGCCCAAGACCGUGGUAUGUCUUAGAGACCUCGACGUCGACAUCCUCCUCAAUGCUUUUCUGGCUACAUACCAAUGCGACAUCGGCCACAAACAUCGGGGACAUAUGGCUGCCUAUGACGGCCCCAUUUCCACCCCAAACGACACGCGGAGUUUCAUCUCGUCGUACUUGCCCGCCAUCUCAUCUUCCCACGUCAACGAGCUUCUUGUACUCUGCCCGAUAUCAGAAUUUGCUGCCAUUCCGGCUUCCAGGCGAGGAACGAUGCUAGAUCCGUUCUUAGUAGAGGCAGGUGGCGCGGCGGGCAUGGGCAUGAUCCACACCUCCGAGUUUGCCUACAUCUUCGGGAAUCUGACCCAUUACAACGCCAGUGGAUAUCCAUUUGACCCGAUGCCGCAGGAUUGGGCGCUUGAGCAGAAGGCGAGCCGGAGCUGGGUGGUGGGGAUACGGGACGGUUAUGAUCAUGACGAGGUGAGGAUAUUCGUGGUAGGCGGCCCCGAGGAGGGAUCAAGUGCUAUUGAUGGGCCGGCUGCCGAGUCAGCUCUGGCGCGGCAGAGAUUGAGAGAAAGAAGCGCGUUUGCCAACUCGCCGGAGAUUGUUGAGGAGCUAUGUUACUGA